AAAUCCAAAAUCCUCGCUCUUCUUCCCCUCAUGUUUUCUAACAGCGAGACUGACAAAAUCUCCAACAUGCAAAACAGCAGCAAUGCGCCUCUCGCCCUGGCUGCUCGUCCGGUUCGUCGCCCACUCCUCGCUUGCGGCCCUGGCCACGCUGACGGGCGCCGUGGCCCAGGCCGCCGCUCCGGCCGACGGCCCUGACCACCUCGGCCGCAUGCACCUGCCCGACCCGGGAGCGCUCCCCGCCGUAUCCACCGUGCUCGACGCCGGCCACGACACGCAAAACUCCAGCGCGCGCCACGCCGAGGAAAAGACACGGCUGCUGCGGCGGCUGGACAAGACGCACGGCGAGGCGUGGGACACGACGCACCCGCGCGCGCGCCUGCUCGACGCCCUGCACGCCUACAGCCGGUACGGCGAGCGCACGCGCGCCGACCUGGCGCGGUGGCGCGCCCUGUACGGCAACGUGCCGGUGCAGCAGCGCCUCGUGCUCGAGGCCGCUGUCGGCUACUCGCACAAGCUGGACGAGGCCGAGGCCCUGAUCAGCCGCAACGAGGCCCUGUGCGCCCGCAUCGUAGCCGCCGCCCUCGAGUACUACGGCGUCGAGGAGCGCGAGCUGCACGCCCACGCGAGGGCGGCCGAGAAGGCGGGCAGGACGCCCGACCGCACCAGCGUCUCGCAGGCGCUCAAGCACUACGUGCGCGACUGGUCCGUCGAGGGUCGCUCCGAGCGGGACAAUGCCUUCCCCUGCAUACACGCCGUCCUGCGCGAGCUGUUCCCCGACCGCACCGGCCGGCUGGUCAGGGUGCUGCUACCGGGGGCCGGUCUCGGCCGGCUGGGCCACGAGAUCGCCGGGCUCGGAGGCUUCGAGGUCACCAACAACGAGUGGUCCGCGUACAUGGCGGUGGCGUAUCGCUUCCUGGAGGCGCACCCAGCUAAGGAGUCCAACUCCCUGCACCCCUUUGUGGACGGGUGGUCGCACCACGCGACGACGGAGAACAUGUUCCGCAGCGUCUCAUUCCCGGACGUGGCCGUCGACGCCGGCAGCGUGGUGCUCGUCGAGGGCGACUUCACGGCCGUCUUCCACGCCGAGAAGGCGUCGGCCACGAGGCGCGCGCGCGGCGCUGCGGCCGGGCCCGGGACGGUCGAGUCGGGUGAGACGUUCGACACGGUGGUGACGCACUUCUUCAUCGACACGGCGCGCAACCUGAUGGCCUACCUCGACACCAUCUACGCGCUGCUCCGGCCGGGCGGCUACUGGGUCAACCUGGGCCCGCUGCUGUACGGCACGGGCCCGUGGGUGCAGCUGUCGCUGGACGAGGUGGUACGUGUCGUCAAGGCCAUGGGGUUCGAGUUCGUGCCCGUGCCAGAAGAGUGCGGCGACCUCACGCUCGAGGGGGAGCUGGCCCGCGGCAGGACGGCCGUCUACGGCUUCGACGACAGGGCGCUGACGCGCAACGCGUACCAGGCGCAGACCUGGGCGGCAAGAAAGGUGACGCACUGAGCCUACACUGAGCCGCCUGGGCACAUGCGGCCGCAUCUGGAUACAAAAUGAGUUGGAUACUACCACAUAACAAACAUUGCAUGGCAGCCGGAUAUGACCAAUAUUGGACGCAUGAACCCAACUCCAAGCAGGGUCGCACCCAGAAAGGGGCUCACGGGCUCCAGCAAGAAAUCACGUGAAGACCCUUCGCCGUGAACACAUGGAUCCAAAGAGCAAAGAGCGCGCGAUGCCCGCUCUGGCCGUUGGACCCCUUGUUUGGGGUCCGCGUAUACAUACAUGUACGGGGGCAGGUGACGACCAUCUCCAACACCUCUAGCCGACCGAUGCGACGGUCGGGGACCCGAGGGAGCGGGAGGCCGCAAUGGGGUUGGGCCGGCUACAGGCGCCGCGGGCCGUUACUGGUGGAAUCGAGUCCAGACCUUGUGCUUACGGCUGGGCUGGCGGUCUGGCCCAUCCGCCGCCGGGUCAGGGUGUUCCAGUCCUUUGGCUAGGAGGCAUGGCGGCCACGCGCGUCUCCCCAACGGCCCAUGGGGGUGGGCGUCCCAUUGGUACGUACGGUACCACCGUCCCAUGCAGGCGUCGACUUUAGCCGUUCAUCCCGCUGGUCCCCUCUCCUUGCCUGGGUGUAUGCACCUAUAAUAUAUGUGUAUGCGUCGGUCUUUCUGAGAUGGCUCCAUUGCAACCCUGAUUGCUUUGGAUCCUUCUUGAGGCCACAGAAUGUAUCCCCAACCACACCCUCGGAAGCCAUGGCUGUUUCGGCGUCCUGCAUCGGGGACGAGCACUUGGCUGGCGGCUGCUCGGGUCUAUUCCGAAUGUGGCUGCUUCGGACUUGGGGCAAAGGCAGAGAUUGCGCACACUGUGAGCAGGGAGCCUACACAGUACACACACACAUAUAAGCGUCGGCGAGAGGAACAGGGGGGUUGAUCAAGAGGAGGUGACAAAAGCUUGGAUGAUGAGGGCGGUGGAUCGAUCGAGCAGCCCCCCUGUCGGGCGUUGCUACCGGGGGGCAUUCCAUGCUGGCAGAGUUUGGGAAGUGGACACGUCCAGGGCCAACGCGCGCGAGCGAGCCCCAUCGCCAUUCUAGGGAGGAGCCCAAGCCGAGGAGAAGGGCAGGCACACGACUUUUUUUUUUUUUCGCCGAGAGAUGAGGGAUGUUUUGCGCUGCGACAUGCGACCUGGGAUGGGCGAGGGAGGGCCAGACCCCAAAAAAAACACGCUUGGUUGGGGAAUACAAGAAAGUUAGAGGAUGCCACCGACGCACGCUGCUGCACAAGCAAGCAUGGAGCAUUGGCCAGCUCACCCGUCAAAGGAUCGAGCUGCUGUCUGCAGGCCGCUGGCGGCUCAAAGGCGGUCUCGCUGUCUUGCCCUCCCCCCCCCCCUGGUUUUCGGCCCUUCUCGCUUUUCU